CCGAGAUGUUGUUGUUGUGAUUGUUGAUCUGAACCAGAAGACAGCAAGCUCACCAUCAUCAUGAGGCUCUCAUUCUUUCUCGGGACCGUCCUCUCGGUCGUACUCCCUACCCUCACGGCAGCGCUCACGGUCAACGACGCGCUGAGCAAGUCAGUCUCUGCCUAUGCACACAGCAAGCGCGACAUCGUGUCCGAAAUCCUAGACGACAUUGAAGAUUUGGCCGAGUGCUCAGCCUGCGAAGCCCUGCUGGUGGUGCUCCAGGCUCUCGCGCACCUGGGCAAUGACGCCUUCACAGACACCAUUGUGGCCAUCUGUGUAGCGCUGCAGAUCGAGGACGACGAUGUCUGCGCUGGGGCCAUCGGCCUGGAAGGCCCCAUCCUGGCCCACGACCUGCGCAACAUGGACAUUCCGAGCAAGACGGCGGAGCUGUUCUGCCUGACCAUCUUUGGCCUGUGCCAGUGGCCUGCCGUGGAUACCUCGUACAGCGUGUCCAUGUCUGCUAAGCCAGCCAACGCCUCGCGCCCUGAACCCAGCGGCGAAACGCCCAUCCAGAUUGUGCACAUCAGCGACAUCCACGUGGACCGGAACUACACGACGGGCUCCAGCUACAACUGCACCAAGAACAUCUGCUGCCGUGCCUACGAUGCGGACGAUGCUGUCGGCGUCACGGACUACCCUGCUGGUCCGUAUGGCAAUCCCGAGUGUGACAGCCCUGUGUCGCUCGAGGAGAGCAUGUACGCAGCCAUCGUGGAUCUGAUCCCCAACCGCACCUUUACCAUCUUUACUGGCGACGUGAUUGAGGGCGACGUCUGGGAGACGACCGACGAGGAGGUCACAGCCGGUCUCAACGAUGCCUAUGGGCGCAUGGUGAGCAUUGGGCAGACCUACGCUGUCGUUGGAAACCACGACAGCUGCCCUGUGGACUCGUUCCCGCCGGCUGCGGUCGAUACGACCUACGCGGCCGAGACCCAGAUCUUCUACGACACGCUCUCGUCUGAUAUCGAGUCGUGGAUCGGCAGCACCGCGUCUGCAGAGGUGUCAUCCAACUAUGGCAGCUACUCGGUUGUGGACAGCACCACAGGCCUCAGGAUUAUCAGUAUCAAUACGAAUUUCUGGUACAAGUCCAACUACUGGAUGUACGAGGAGACGAUGGAGUACGACCCCUCGGGCAUGCUUGCCUGGCUGGCUUCUGAGCUCGAGACCGCAGAGACGGCUGGCGAGCGCGUUUGGCUCCUCGGCCACAUGCCUCUGGGGUCCUCUGACACGUUCCACGACCAGUCCUACUACUUUGACACCAUUAUCCAGAGAUUCUCGGGCACCAUCUCUGCUGUCUUUUACGGUCACACCCACAAGGAUGAGUGGGAGAUUGCCUACACCAACUACUCAAACCCGACGGCCGACACCGCCACGAUGAUGUCGUAUAUUGCACCCGCUCUGACACCCACCUCGGGCAACCCGACAUUCCGUGUCUACGAUGUCGACCCCGUCACCUUUGGCAUUCUGGAUUCCACGACUUACUACGCCAACAUCUCCUCCCCCACGUACCAGACCGACGGGCCGACCUGGGAGAAGCUGUACAGCGUCAAGGAAACCUACGGCGCCCUCCUGGGUGUGACGGACCCCGCCGCCGAGCUGACGCCUGGGUUCUGGCACAACGUCACAGAGCUGUUCGAGACCGACGACACGACUUUCCAGCAAUACUACGCCCGCAAGACAAGGGACUACAGCACGGCUACCUGCACGGGCGACUGCAAGACCGAGGAGAUCUGCCAGCUGAGGGCGGCACAGGCGCAGUACAACUGCGUGGCCGUGUCGCCGGGAAUCAACCUCAAGCGCAAGAGGGACGAUACGAUCGAUGGCUCGGUGCAGAAUGGACACGAUGACCACGCGUGCGAGUCAUCUGCCGUGCCGCCGGUCUUGUCGUCUAUCUAUUCCGACGAAGGCCUCGCCGCCUUUAGGACUGCCCUGAUCGAUGUGGUUGGGGCCAGCUUCAUGAACACGACCGUGUCGAGCAAUUUUACCGUAACUGAUUAAAUUUUUGGGUUACGUUUCUUCUUCUUGGUAAAGUACAUAGUUGACAGUAUUAAUGUUGAGAUGACCUAAGUUUGG